AUGGGCAGCUCGGUGUCCCUGAACCAAGACCAAGGCCAACACCAAGUUCUAGAGACCGAAGAGCUUGUAGGCAACGAGCUGAUCGGAGAGGCGGAUGCACAGACGGAAGAACGUGGGGUGGGAGAAGAGCAGGCCUGUACAGAGCGAGGGUCCCAGCAAGACUUCGUUCAUGAAACGGCUUCAGAUAUGGGGGACUAGUAGCAUACUCGAGGACAGUGAUGAGCUUAAUUGAUUGCUCAAUAGUUCGUGGAUAUUCUGGAUCCUUGAGAAACGUGUUCCGUCCACUGCUGUUGCCACAAAAAGAGCAAGCCACAGAAACGGGGGAUCUCUCAGUCGAUGAGAUACACGAUGAUAGGUACAGGUUGCUUUGAAGCUACAUAGGAAACACAAUCACAGAACAAGUGACGAGGUAAGAACUCGACCAGUUGUUAGCGAAGACCACACGAAUCAUGAUUAGAUGUUGGAUUGCAGUUGUAGAGGGGACUGUAGGUUCGCGACGGUACCCGGGGCGGUGGCAGGUGGCCCU